AAAGCUCAAAAGAAGAAAUCACUGUCCCCGUUCAAGCCUGGCGGGCCCCGGAGAGCCACCUGGCGGGGAAGGUGACGUUCGCGAGGCCCAGCAGCACCAACACAACCCGCAAUAUUAUGUCCCCCGCGCCUCGUGUCCUCAGAGCUCUCCUGCUGGUGGCAUGAUGGCGGGCAGCGAGGAGCGGUGGCGAGAGGGGUCAGGUGCCACUGCUGGAGCCCUUGGUCAUCUCUUAGAGCGCAUGACUAAUGACUUCACACCUCAGCACGAUUCCCAUCACUACCAGCCUGGUUUUGUACCCUCAGCCUCUCCUCCUUGGACCAACUCUGGGCAGGCUCCAUUAACUAGCUUGGGAUCUCCCAUGCCCUCCCUCCAAACAUCACACACAAGCCUUGGCUCCCAAAUCCCACCUUUGCAAGUAAACCACAACAGUCUUGGCUCACAAGUUCCUACUAUGCAAUCGGCACACAGUAACAUUGGGCCUCAGAUGACUCCUUUACAGCCCGUAACCACAAGUGCCCCUGGAACCAUGCCUCCUGGCCCACAACUUACAGGGUCAUCAGCCAGGAGUUACUCCGUCAGCCAAGAUUUGUUUUCAGAGCUUGAUGGAGGGAGGAGCCCCCUUCUUCGGUCCUCCUCAGACUUAGGUCUGCGCUUGAAUCAUUACCAUGGGCAAGGAAACCACUACAGUGACGGAAGACUUGAUGGAUUUAUGGAUUCUAGCAUUGACUCUCUCGAUGGUAUGUUAGUGAGUGGUCAUGAUUCUGCCUUUUAUCUUGAAGUGCAAAGAGGGCCAAGUGCACCCUCAGGCACUCCUCCUCUACAAGGUGAAGGGCAAAGUCUCAGCCCUGCUGCAGUACCUCCUCCAGAAUUCAGUUUUUAUUCUCAUGAAAAUGAUAGAAUAAUAGAAGGGGAAACAAUGAAUAAUAUUUCUGCAAAGUUUUCAAAUUUUACUGCUUCCCUUGGAAGUUGGUUCAGCCCCUUUGAUCCUUUUCGAAGCAAUCUUACAGCUGCUCAAAGCAAAUCACAGAGUCCUUCCAGAAGCUCUGGGCUGGGAGCCAGAACAGAAACCAAGCCUAGAAAGGAGACCAAUGGAUCCCAACAGUGCAACACCAACCAGGUAUCUGUAGCCCAACCAACAAAAGCCAAUAAGCCUUCAUAUUCUGAUGUAUUGAGCAAAAAUCCAGUGCAGGAAGGGAAACUAAAUGCUCCAACACCACCUUUGAAUAGCAGAAGUAGUAGCAGUAAUAGUAACAGUAGUUGUACAACUGCUUCCAAUCAGCAUGCUCAGAGCACACAAAACCCUUCACCAAGUCCUGCAGCCUCCCGUCCGGAGCAGAAGGCUCGUGGCAACAUGGCAAAAGCAAGCAAAACUCGCAGCUCCAACAGUAACACUAAUGGAUCAACAGGGGAUCAAGCUCGUAGACAGUCCAGCAGAGUAGAGAACCCCCUCUCUCAAGUUACCAUGGAUGAGUUUGAACUGACUGACAGAAAUUUGGGAAAUGGUUCCAUUAGUGCAUAUGAGCACUAUGACUGGGGGGAAUAUCCCACCAGCAGCAACACGACCACCACCACAUCAACUACUCUGGGCAGUGGAUCAUCAGUUUUAAAAUCAUCUUCCAGCAGCCCCACACAUCAAGCUAAGAAAUUAUCAUCUAAAGGAGAUACCAAGAAGAACACUCCAGAGAAGAGCAUUAGUGGUGUCCCUGUUGAAGGGGAGAUAAUGAAAGGAAGUGGUGAUCAGCUAAACAACAAGCUCUCCUCCUCUCAUCAAAAACAGCCACCCAAACGAACAUCAUACAUCAACAACAUUCUCAAUGCCAGCAGUUCGUCAUCUCCCUCCACCACAUGUCCAACCACGGCAUCUGGUGGUGGUAGUUCCACAAAUACCACUACAAAUAGCCCAAGCCGUGCUACUCCUGCCUCUGGUGUUUCAACAUUUGCCACCAACACAGCCAACAACAAUAAUAACAACAAUAAUAACAAUGAUAAUGAGCGAAAUGAGAGCACUAAGACGAGGAUGUCUGUGUUGGCUAAGGAAGAAAAGAAAAUGCAAGAUAUUCCCGGGCCGUCAGUAAGUGCAGGGCCUCGUGCUGCACGGGGAAAGCCUCCUUCCAAUGUUAGAGGUGAACGCAGUGCUCCAGUUAGACGCGCUGUACCAAAGCGACCCAAGAGAGUCACAUCAUUCACACACCAUGAGCUUAUCGCACAGGGAUGGGCAUUGGCAGUGCAAUGGAUAGGGCUAGCAGUACGUGCGAUGGUGUGGCUUGGUAACCUGACAAUAGAUGUUGUGGUGAUGAGCUCUCGACUCUUCUUACACCUUUUGGUGGUGGUGUGGGCCCAUUUGUUGGAAUACUGGACUACUGCUGGUCUUGCCCUCCAGCACUACUGGAUGAAAUUCACUGGUCUCUUUUCCAAGAAGGAGAAAGAAGAAAAAAAGCUGCCUGGACGGGAUAAAAAACUGCCGCGGGGUCUAGAUAUCAACAUAUCACUGCCCACCACUGGGGAUGAGGCCAUGAAGCGCCUCCUGGCAUGCAAGGGAAAAGACCCAUACAGCAUCUUGGGGGUGACUCAGGAUUGUACUGAUGAAGAUAUCAAGAAGUACUACAAAAGACAAGCAUUUCUUGUGCAUCCAGAUAAAAACAAACAACCUGGAGCAGAGGAAGCGUUCAAGAUCUUAGCUCAUGCUUUUGAGAUCAUUGGAGAGCCAGAGCGGCGGAGAGAAUAUGAUGUUCGUUUGGCAGAGGAAGUGCAGUUGGAAGGUGCAUGGGGGGAACUUGCCUCACUCCUCACUCGAUUACAAGAGAAGUUGGAUGAGGCAGCCAACACUAUAAGGUGCACCAACUGUAAUAAGAGACAUAGACGGGUCAAGCUUCCGAGACCAAUUUAUGCUGCUAGGCACUGUGCUGAGUGUCAAAUACAUCAUGCAGCCAGGGAGGGAGAUAUUUGGGCUGAAAGUACACUGCUCGGGUUACGUUGGAGAUACUAUGCUUGUAUGGAAGGUGCUGUUUACGACAUAAGUGAAUGGGCUGCUUGCCAGAGUGAUAACCUGAAGCACUUGCAGGCCAACACUCACAGUGUACAAUACCGCAUUGUUUCAGGGAAGAAAACCCCCCCUUCCAAAAACAACACCCCAGAAUUUCCUAGUGAUCCAGACCUAGAGGAAUUUUUCAACAAUUUGUGCAAAGAGAAAUUUGGGAAGAGUUAUGCAUCAGGGAGCAAUCCAGGUGGAGGUCAACAGGUGCCAGACACUCGCAAGAGGAAGGGAAAGAAGAAAAAAUGAUCCAUGGACUGAUGGGGGGAGGGGCAGGGUAGGGGUUAGGGUUAGGGCAGCAUUACCAUACAUUCAGUUUUAAAGAAUGGUUGUUGUUUGUAAUUCUUCUGUUGUUACUCAGGAGUAAGUAGGUUUCUACUCGUGAGGAAAGUUGCAUGAGUUGGGCAGCUGCAACUGGGGUUUUGGUAGGUGGAUGGUAUUUCUUAUUAAUCUGUUACAGGUGCGCUUCAUGGCCUUAGUAGAGCAGUUAAUAAAUCUGGCUUCAGAAUUGUGAUCUUUGCCUUUGAGGAAUUGCAUGUGCUUGUAUGUCCUGACCUAUACCAACAUAUUCCAGAGGAUGGGAAAUACUAUCACAACUAAAUUUGGUUCAUCAGGGAGAAAAAUGUAGCAAUUAUAUCAGUACUGCAGGUUAGUAACAUUUAUAAUUUUCUUUCCGUUGCUUCUCCUGAGUAGUUCUUGGGGGACUGCUCUACUGGCCCCUUUAUAGCAUUACUUAACACAGGCUUGUUUAAUUUUGCUGAAGGUUUUCAUCCAGAUUUUCUUUUCUGACAAAUUAAAUUGCUGUGCUAUUUUAGGAACUAAAAUUAGUUAUGUACCUGAUACAGGUAAUAUUUUAAUAUACUUUUAAAUAGGUAAACAUACAGUAUUGAAGAAAUAAAGGGAUGAGUUCUUGAACUCCAGCUGUAUAUUAUAUAUGCAGACAAUUUUAUGUGAGUAUCGCCCAUGACGUCACCCGGCAGAAUAAUGUUUCAUAUUUUUAAACCUUUUAAGUUUUCAUAGUACUGCUUAAUCUUUGUUUUCUACAUAUUAGUGCAGCAGGAUUUGAUGGGAGAUGUCAAAUGGAACUGGUGAUAAUGUAAAUGUUAUUUUUUUAAACAUGAUAUUUAUGCAGAUUUGUCAUGGGUAUCGCCUAACAGCUUCCCAAUAAGGCAUUAUGUCCAGAAAAGCUAACUGCUAUUUUCAAGGUCUGGGGGGGGUGAUGGUGGCCACAAUAGUUUUAUAAUAAAUUGGUUUGUGCACCAGUUUUGUGUUACAAUCCAACAUUGAGACUGGUUCCAACCCACAUUAUUGUCAUACAAGGGGAGGCCUUUGACCAAUGUGAUUUAUAUGCAUACUAUGUCCUAAAGGUGAAGUACCUUUUAAGCUUUUUGAUCAUGCACAUAAUCUCUUUAUUCCACUUUUCUUUCUUCUAUGUUAAAUAUAUAAUAAAUCACAUUCUUGACUCACUUGUAGUGAGUAUUGCAGCAUCUAGAACAUAUAAUCUGCUGAAUAAUAUUUUCUGUUAAUAUAGAAACUGUAACACAA